GAACUGAUGAUGAUGUCUCAGGUCUGAUCCCGAUAGUAGCACUUGGUCCAUUCGUUGGAAAUGUCUUCCGCAGGGGGCAAGAAGCGGCCGCGUGCCGACCUGCUGUCGUCGCUGGACGCGGCUUUUGCAUCUACCGCACAGCCUGCAGUAUCCAAGUACACUGCUCAAGCAACAGCACAAUCGGCGCCCAAAGGAAGCAAGCAGCAGGCCUACCAGCACUCGAAGCUCAAGCGCAAGGACAAAAAGCGCGACAAGGGUGGCAAUGGUCGAGGAGACGACAAGGAGACAGACAAACAGUCGGGGGAGAAGGACGUGGAGGAGAAGAAGGAAGUGAAAGUUGAUCCGAUGUAUGAGAAGAUGGAUACAGAACUACUGGCAGUUGGGUUGAAGAACUGCUCUCUUGUAAGUCACUCAAGUUGUGAAUUAUUUGGUGCAAUACUGACGUUUUUAUUGCAGCAACCACAGGUAAAAACGUUGACGAAACCGCGUGCAUUACACGAGACUCUCAAGAACUACCUGGAAUCGGUGACCCAAGGCACCAGGGCAGGUUCAAAUGCCGUUGACAGUCUCAAAAACAAGGUGUUAUCGUUGGACAACCCCUUCAAGACUUCUGCGACAGAGACGGCGGAAAAAACGAUUGCGGCAGCUAGCAGAAGCCAGACGGCCAAGUUGCUAAGUGCACGCCAGCGUAGAAAGCUCGGACUGCAUAUGCUUGGUGGAGAAAUGAAGUACAGCGAUGCCGAGCAACUCAAUGAUAUUUGGACGCGGUAUGUCAGUCAAGUGAUCGAGAGCGAACUCAGUGAAGUACAGUCAGUUACUGAAGAGGUGCAGCGCACGCGCAAUUCAAAGCUGCAGGCCAAGCUUAAAUACCUGGAUCUGUCUGGAUGCCGGAUUGAAGUGAUUCAAUCACAAAAUCCGCUUAACGUUGGCAUCCAUGGCAUCAUCGUCGCGGAGAGCAUGCAAACUGUGCAGAUAUGCCGUCCUGCUACGUCAAACAGCGACAGCACCAAUAGCUCUAUUUGCUGUACGUGUUCACACACAACUUGUUUUCGUGUGAUUUUUCUUACUGUGAAAUAAUGUCCAUAAUGUCUACAGCACUGGUGAAAUCGGAAUCUCAUUUCAAGGUUCAUCUUAACCCGACGCGGAGCUUAGUUCUCGAUGGUUCCUGGUUCGCAGUGCGAGCACAAUAACCUGAAAUGAGAAAUAGAUUUGGUACGUUUCGAAGAGUAUAAAAAACAAAUGUGAAAAAAAACGUUUUUUUUAGUCAGA